AUGCAAGUCCUUCUCUUAUCCAGUUUCCUCCUGGCCGGUCUAAGCCAAGCACUAUGGCCAGAACCAGAACAGUAUACCCAUGGGAACGAGGUGGUGUGGUUGUCACCAGACGUGCAUUUUGCUUACCACCCAAGGGGCUCGUCAGGAAACGCAACAGUUUCCAAAAGGCUUCAGUAUGUGGUGCGGUCAGAACUUCAGAGAAACUCCAGUCACAGUCCAGCGGCACCGGUUGAGGACAUAGUCAAGAAAGCCAUCCAGCGAACUACGAAGCAGCUUCAGACCAUGAAGUUUGUACCCUGGAAAUUUCACCCUCGCAACCGGGCUUUUGAACCAUCACCACAAGCUAGCAAGCGAAUCAUUAGGGAGGUUGUCAUCAGCGAGCAAUCAUUAGGAGGCAAUAGAAGCCAUGUUCGGGAUUUCAUUCAUGGCGAUGAAAGCUAUCAAAUCAAGAUAACUGGGGACGGAAGUGCGAGUAUCUCGACAAAGUCGCCGAUCGGAACACUGCGCGCUUUGCAAACCUUCGCUCAGCUCUUUUACGCACAUUCGUCUGGCUCCGGUAAAUAUUCCCCAUAUGCCCCAAUAGCCAUCUCAGAUAAACCCAAAUGGCCCCAUCGAGGCCUCAAUCUCGACAUUGCGCGGAACCCUAUCACCCCUGGUGAUGUUAAGAGGACAAUCGAUGCCAUGGAGUCUGCGAAACUGAACAGACUUCAUAUUCACGCGACCGAUACCCAAUCCUGGCCGCUAGAAAUCCCGUCAGUUCCUGCGUUGGCAGCCAAAGGUGCUUACCACUCCAGUCUAAUCUGGUCAGCAAAGGACCUGCAAGAGGUACAGCAAUAUGCCACUGAAAGAGGCGUGUCAGCAUUCCUGGAGAUCGACAUGCCGGGCCAUACGGGAUCUAUAGGGUAUGCUUUUCCAGAAUUAGUUGUUGCCUCUGGGGAGAAUUUGUGGGAGAAGUAUGCACAACAGCCGCCGUCCGGGCAGAUAAAACUGAACUCAUCCGCCGCUAGAGAGCUUGUCGACAAAGUGAUGGAUGAUAUCCUACCUCGUGUAUCUCCCUUUACCAAGUAUUUCCAUAUCGGAGGGGACGAGUUCAAUCUUGAAAGCUACAUGUUGGAAAAAUCCAUAAGUUCUAGCCAGAGGACUGUGCUUAAGCCUCUAGUACAGAGUUUGAUCACCCGGGUAUGUGAGAAACUCGCGAAGGCAGGAUUGAUACCAAUAGUUUGGGAAGAGCUUGUCGUGGACUGGGAUUUAUCUUUCCCGCCUCAGUCUUCAGAGUCAGGAAACAACACAGUGAUUGUACAGGCGUGGCGAAACUCCCGAGCCAUCAGAAGGGUCCUCGAUAGGGGAUAUCGUACUCUUUUUGGCACCAGCGACUUCUGGUAUCUCGAUUGUGGCGUUGGGAUUUACCUCAAUCCUCGGAACGGCUCUGAAAUUAUUAGGCCACCGUAUACCGACUGGUGCUCGCCGACCAAAAACUGGCGACACAUGUACAUGCACGACCCUUUACUGGGCAUACAAGAAAAACUACAGCCUCUCAUCGAAGGCGGCGAGACACAUAUGUGGAGUGAGAACGUCGACCCAGUGAACAUGGACCAACUGAUCUGGCCACGGGCCGCCGCAGCAGCUGAGGUUCUUUGGAAAGGGCCACGAACUCGAUUUGAUAUCAAAGGGGCAUCGUUUCGGCUAGGGGAAUGGCGGGAGCGGGCAGUGGUCGACAGGAAAAUUGGGGCGGGCCUUGUACAGAUGACAUACUGCCUGAUGCAGGAGGGGAGCUGUGAGCGCUGA